UUCCAAUACGUUAGUUAGUUAUCUGUCUGCCAUCAACAUAUCACAUUAUCAUCACAUUGCUUGCGCGCAAAUCACAGAUAGAGAGGGGAGGGGUACGUCUGUCUGUCUGUCUGUUCACUUAUACAUACAUACCUCACACGCCGUAGGCGCUAGAAGAGCGGGAAAAAGAAAAAAAAAAGAAAAAGAGAAAAAAGAGAGAUGGUAGCGGAUGCGGACGGCAAGACCUCCCCGGUCUUGUCCCUGGUCGCCGGCGGCAUCGCGGGGGGUGUCGAGUCGGCCUGCACAUACCCCUUCGAGUUCGCAAAGACCCGCGUGCAGCUAUACGGCCAUGAGGGCAUUAGAAACCCGUUUAUGGUCGUUGCCAAGGUGGCGAGGGAGGAGGGCCUGCGCGCGCUGUAUAAAGGCUGUUCGACUAUGAUAGUGGGCUCCAUCGGCAAAGAUGCAGUGCGCUUCGUCGCCUUCGACAGCAUCCGGUCUCUCUUCGAAGACCCAGCGACGCACCGGUCCACUACAGCGCAGUCCAUCGCGUCCGGCAUGCUAACCGGCGUCGUAGCGUCUACCGCCAUCGUCACGCCCUCGGAGCGCAUAAAAACCGCUCUGAUAGACGACGCCCGGACGACGCAGCGCUUCCGGUCGCCAGCGCACUGCAUUGCGUCCUUGUGGCGAGAGCAGGGCCCCGUGCGUGCCCUGUACAGCGGGUACACCACCACGACGCUCAAGCAAGUCGGCACGACUGGGUUCCGGCUGGGCUCGUACGCCGCGCUGAAGGACUGGGAGCGCGGCCACGGGAUCCAGGUCGAUGGCGCGGUCGCUAGUUUUGCGAACGGCGCGUUUGCCGGCACGCUGACUACGCUUGCCACGCAGCCUUUCGAUACGGUGAAGACGAAGGCGCAGCAGGCGCGUGCGGUGCGCACGAUGGAUUGUGUGCGUGCUAUUUACGCCGAAGACGGCGUUAGGGGUUUUUGGCGUGGGACUGUGAUGAGGCUUGGGCGCACCGUUAUGGCGGGUGGGAUAUUAUUUACGGCGAAUGAACAAGCGCUUAAGCUGUUGAAGAGCGUGUUUGGGUAACGUCAAACUCCUAGAUGUGUCUAGAUUAGCGUUAUUGCUCCUUGUAUACCUACUCUAUAGCGUAGAUUGCUUGAUGUUAUAUAACCUCUAGUCAUAGAUAUCAAGAACAGAUAGACUUAGAUAGGCGAAUAAAGGUAGCCAAGAAGAGGUCCUGAUCAUAUCUUAGGUUAUAGCCACUGGAUAUGCUAGUUACCUACGC